AAAGAUCGGAGAGAGAAAGGAACGUUGAACACUCGUUCCCUCUCCUGCGGCCGUCGAUAUCAUCCGCAGGUGGUUGGUGUCUUCGCCGCCGGUGACCUACGGAUGAUCUCCGGCGUCAGGGAUUCCGCAUCAUCAUCGUCGUCUCCGUCAUAACGCAGAGUGACAAAUAUCGAUUCGAGUUUCUUCGUUUGCAUCGAUUCAAUAUUUAUUUAGAGAAGAAAGGGAGAAAGGCGGAAGCGUAAAAAUGUCAUUGAAUUCGACCACUAUGCAUAAACAGAACAAAAUUAAACGAUCGGAUCUGGUGGACCAGCUACGGGAUCAUCAAGUUCGUUCGAAAUAUAAUUGGGCCUCCGUCUCCUACUUCUCCUCCAAUGCUAAUCUUUCUUCUUCUUAUUCCAGGAUGGAUAUGAUGAUGUUUGUAUUAUGGGAACUUCUGAUCCUAGCUUUUAUCGUUUCCUCGGCCGUUUCAUUAUAUUUAACACACUGGAGGCUCACUUUAACCUUAGCUAUCAUCACAUUGUUACUGCUGUUAUGUUUGAAGGUAACCAAGCAAGCAAAAUUGAACCGGAAAAACAAGCGGAGAAUGCUUCUUCCUUUAUCAAUGUAGAAAAAGUUUCCACCUUUGUCAACAAUUCUUCACCAUUUAUGGUCCAUAUCCGGGUCUUGUUCUUCCCGGUUUACAAUUGCAGUUGAAUUCCGGCAUUCAACAAUGUCUUCAUUGAGUAUGGUUCAAACCAGUUCGAACCACCGGUUCUUAAUCAGUCUGCGGUCUGUCAGAUUGGGACCGGUUUGACCAAACCAGAUAAUUUAGGACCAUACCCAUCUUUAGUUUGAGAUUUGAAGUUUGUGAUGUUUACAGGUAAAGCUUGGAUGUUGUAGGCUAUGUGCACUUGUAAAUUAUAUGCCUUCAGGAGUUGAAAUUUAAUUAAUCCCAUUUUUAUGCUGGAA